AUGAGAAGGACUUCUUCUACAAUAUGUACUUUACUCUACAUUUUCCUUGGUUUACUGUCUGUUAUUACAGUGUGUGGAAACCUUCUUGUAAUAAUCUCCAUCGUUUACUUUAAGCAGCUCCACACCCCGUCUAACUGCCUGAUCGUCUCUCUGGCUGUGACCGAUCUGCUUGUUGGGAUCGUAGUCUUCCCUCUGAGCAUGUCUUUCUCGCUCAGCUACUGUCUGUAUUACAGAGACUUGUUCUACCGGUACUAUGCGGUGUGUCAGCCUCUGACAUACAGAUCUAAGAUAAACACUGGUAUUGUUCUGGUCAUGAUCCUCAUGAGCUGGGGCGUUUCCAUACUUGUUGCGAUUGGUUUUGUUGUUGCAGAGGUAAAUCAGGAAAAAUGUCAAGAAAAUUGCUUCUCUGAUGUUGUGCUUGAAAAGAUAUUAGCCCCAGUCUUCUCGUUCUAUCUCCCAGUGACCAUAAUGCUGUAUAUCUACCUGAGGAUAUUUCUUGUUGCACAAAGACAGGCUCGCAGCAUCCAGAUAGCAGCAGAGUCUGGCGCAACUGUGAGCAACAUGGAAAGAAAGGCAACCAAAACUCUGGCCAUUGUUCUAGGAGUUUUUCUGAUGUGCUGGCUGCCUUUCUUUCUCUGUUUUUCCCUCCAGUUAUUAGGUGGUGUGUCAGUGAUGGUGUAUGAAAGCCUUAACUGGCUCACUCUGUCCAACUCAAUGCUCAAUCCUUUUAUCUAUGCGUUCUUUUACCGCUGGUUCAGGUCGGCUUUCAGAAUCAUAAUGUCAGGAAAAAUAUUUCAGGGGGAUUUAACAAACACCAAACUCCUUUGA